AUGUCUCAAGUCUGCAGCGUUUGUUACGGCAUAUUGGAAAAACUCUUCGAUGACGAAACUUAUUCCGACGUGACCUGGGAUGAGCGCGGCAUGUAUAGGGUGACGAAGUUUGGCGUGACCAAACCCAGCCAAAACGAGGGUGCACAAGAGCUGGUCAAUUGUUUAACCCUAUUCGAGUCGUGUAACUUGUGCCGAUUAUUCAAAGCUUCGGGCAUGCCUGGGCGUUGGACGCAUGAUGACGCAAAGAAUUUCGAGCCUCACAUCAGAAUCGCCCCGGAUGCGCAGCUUCCUGGGAACAAGGGAAUUGGCUUGAUCAGCCUGGGAGGUUAUAGUGGCGCUGGAAUUCAUCUCGUGGCCGACGCCUCAAGUCAAGCAUAUGGCCGGGGCGAUGUUAGUGGAACUUUUCUACACAAUACAGGAACACCCGAGUCGUUCGUGAAGUGCAGAGAAUGGUUCACAAGAUGUCAGAAGCAACAUUCGCAGUGCGAAUACACGAUGGCGGGCGACAUGAUUGGUCUUGAACAUCCAUUGCCGACGAGGAUUCUAGAGAUUGAUACAGAAAAUGACUGUUUGAGACUUGUGGAGACCCGAGGGACGAUGGGACGCUGGGCCGCAUUGAGCUAUUGCUGGGGCGGCGACGUGCCCUUGAAAACGACUAGAGAGAACUUAGGUCAGCGCCUUGCGGGUAUUCAGAUGUCGGAUCUACCCAAAACGUUCUUUGACGCCGUGAAGGUUACCCGCGAACUUGGGUUACACCACAUCUGGAUCGACAGUCUUUGCAUUCUGCAAGGCGAUGUUCAGGACUGGAAGUCGGAAGCCGGUAAGAUGGGUGCGGUCUAUGAGUUUGCCGAGAUUGUCUUGGUUGCCGCAGCCGCCGAGAAUUCUGUGGCAGGAUUAUUCAUGGAUGUAAACACCGAUGAGUAUCGCGAGCCCGACACCGAGGAGUAUCGCGAGCCCGAGCUAACAUGGGCGGAACUGCCAUAUAUCAAGGGAGGCGUUGAGGCGGGAAGCAUCUGGGGAGUUGCAAAUGCACACAGGUCGACCUCGAUGGAACUGUUUGCGCCUCUGAAAACUCGCGCCUGGACAAUCCAAGAGAGGUGCUUGGCGCGCCGAAGCAUUUACUUCGCAAAAGAUGGCAUCUGGUGGUGUUGUCGCCAGUAUGAAAGUACUUGCUGGCGCCAUGACGCCAAAUCAUUCGUUGAUCAUCAAGUCCAAUGGCGAGAAACUGGAGACUGGUCGCUACUUCUCAAACAUUUCCAGUCUGGUAGGCUAACGGUUCUCACGGACAACCUACCGGCCUUGGAAGGAAUCGCUAGCCGAGCUGCUGCCAAUCGGGGAGACAAGUAUUAUCACGGUUGCUGGACCGGAGACAUGCCUGAUCAGCUUCUGUGGUGUGGCCCGGUAGAGCGGCCGGCGGAAUUGGCGGAUAGGCCGACCUGGUCUUGGGCAUCCACUUACGGUCGUAGACGGUUUUAUAUUUACGACGAAUCUGGCGCUGAAGAGCCUCGUGGUGUUUAUUGCCAAUCAUUCGAUCCAGGUACGGACGGAGAGCUCAAGGUACGGCUAUGCCCGAUACUCACCAAUAUUGACGCCAUCCAAACCCCGCUGGACGACGACACAUUACGACGGAAUUUGCACCUACACAUAGGCAUAAACCAUGUAGCUGCAUUCUUGUGUUCCUCCUUGACAAAUAUGCUAAUGAUUAAGGUUGAUGGUCAAAUAGUUGGUGGAGCAGUAGUUGAUGACAUGGUUUGGUACCUCAACCAAGUCAAAACCGGCAAUGCCUUGGCUGGCUGCGUGCUUCUCCGAGCAGAAAAGUACGGGCAGGAUGAUUCAUCUUGCGACUCUCCAAACAGGUAUUUCGGGCUUCUCUUGGUUCGAAAAUCUGGAGAUCCAGACACUUAUUCCCGAGCGGGACUCAUGAUGCUUCACAGCACUUCAUGUGUCGAAAAGGCCAUUAGAAAGGACUUUGUAUUGAUAUAG